GACUGUCUUGUUGCAGUCAGUGGGGGCUGAGUCAAGACCAGAUGACAUGGACCAGAAUACAGUUUGAGAAGAGGCGAGGUGGGCGGUGGGAACAAGGGCUUCCUGAGCAGUGGCAGUGGUUAGCAACAGUCCUCUUCGACUUAGACUCAUGGCCAGCCUUGAGAACUUUGUGGGGUGGCAAUAUUUCUCAAGGCAGUGUGUUUCAGGGCCCUGACUACCAGACAGGGAAGAAGGAAGAAGAGCAGUAGUCCAAGGGCUUGGAUUUGGAUCGUGCCUCUGUGUCUCUUAUGGGAUUAGCUGUGUGACCUUGCACAAAGCACCUCUCUCUCUGGACCUCAGUCUGCUCAUCUCUCAAACAGGAGAGUAGGGCCAGCUUGCUUGCAAGAGUCUCUUCCACUUGUGAUUCUGUGCUCCCCAGCCAGCCACCAGUGUGCCUCUGUAAACCUGGCCCAGAGUCAAGCAUUAGCCCACACACCCUGUGACCUUUUCUAGGAGGCUACAUUUGUCCCAGCUUGAGCCUUUUCCCUGAUGGAGCCAGUGACAGCCCUGUGGGGCUUUGGAGAACAGCAGGCCCUGUGUCUGCAAGAGCUGGGUCCCUGGCCCUCCCCAGCGGCGGGUCCUCCCAACUCCUGCAUUCCAGUGCAUCCUCUUCCUUGGCCUGUAACUUCUCAAGCUUGUGCUACAGCAGUGUGUAACAUUGUGCUUUCUUCUCAUCUUGUGCUUGCGGGGCUGGCAGCAGGAGUUCGAGCUGCAGCAGAAGAGAGGUGAGCAGAAAAUCCAGCAGCUGCAGCACAUGAUGGAUCAGCUGGAGAAGGACAAGGGCUUUGAGCCCAGAGCCUGGCAGAAGCAUGGUGCUGGGGAGGCCCUUCCCCCUGCCCUGGAGAAGCUUCAGGGGCAUCACAGUCAGCUGGAGAACUUGAGGCAGCAGCUGCUGCAUGUGUCUGGGCUUCUGAGCAGCUUCAUGAACCAAACCCUGAACAGAACAAUCAAUGACUGGACAUCAUCAGAUCAAAAGGCUGCAAUGUCCUUGCUGUUUACUCUGGAGGAAUUGAAAUCAGAAUUGAUGUCAGGCCUCACUCAAUACAAAUCUAUGGACCACAUUGGCCCGUUGCCAGAAGCUGAGAAAGCUGUCUGGAGACAAGAGAAAAUGGCUUCACAAGGCAUGAGGCACAGCAAGUCAGGGAUGGUGAAAGCUGCCUUCAAAAGUGAAAGCAGCCAAGGAGGGAGCACAUCUCUCUACAGGAUGGAAAAGUCGUAUCUGCAUUUCCUACCAGCAGAGAGCUCCCUGAAGGCCCUGAUUUAUCAAAACAGCCAGAGAAAAAGUUUAUUAGUCAUAAAUCCUAUAGGCCAGAUGACACCCCUAAGGAGGAGCAAGCAGAAGAAAAGCUCAGCUUUUGAAGCAUGAGAGAUUCUCAGCAUCUGAAUGGGGGCCAACGUGGAUUUCAUAUACACUAAGUGUUUCAUUCUACAAUAAAAUUCAAUUAAACAAAAAGGAAAAGCAUACGGAGGUGGGAAGCCAGAAGAGCCAAAAACCUGUAAGCAAUUCAUCCAUUUCCUGAAAUGGAAAGAUGGAAAGAUGAUAUUUGUAAUCCACGAGACCUUUCUCAUGAGAGAUCAUAGGGUAAGUUCAGUAUGAAAGGAUGACAUUCAAAUAUCAAAUGAGGGGGUGAGAGAGGAAUGCACUUGUGGAAAGAGAAAGAGAGACAUUGAAUGGGAUAAAUUAUCUCCCAUAAAAGGACAAGAAAGUGCUUUUACAGUGGAGGGGAAGAGAGGGGAGGUGAGAAGGCAGGAGUGAACCUUGCUCUCGUUGCAAUUGAAGGGACUUUGGAACUCAGUUUUAAAAACCAAAUUUGAAAAACUUGAAAUGAUAAUAAUAAUAGGAACUAUUUGUUGCCCUUGACCCUCUGGACAUCUCUGAGGCACAGAAGGCCCUCCUGAAUGAUGGAGAAACUUUCCCACUCCCUCCAUCAGCAGCCAGAAGUUCAAGGUGCUGGGGACAUCCUUACCCUUGGAAAAAGCUCCAAAUCAGCUCCAGUAGCAGCCACAAUGGUGGCAAGGUGGGCAGGAUGGAAGGGCUACUUGGUCUAGAGGGCAGAGGCAGCAGCUGCUCCACCCACCUAGGGAGGGAUACCCCUAGCCAACAGGGGACUUCAUCAACGUAAUCCUGAGCAAGCAGAAGGUCCCACCUCUAGGCCAGAGUGAAAGGGGGAAGCAGGGCAUUCUCUAGAAUGUUCAAAGCCAAAUCCAAGAGAUGAGGUAUGCAUCCCCAAAGAUGAGAGGGAGGACUCCCUCUGAUGCUGCAGAGCUGGGAUGAGGAGGAAAGAAGAAAGGAGAUUGUCUGAUGGCUGAUCAUAAGGCCAGUCUGAAGCCCUCUAAUCUACUGGUUAAAAGUGAAGGCCUUCCUUUUUCAGGGGAAGGGGGUGGCUAGAAAGAGAGGAAGGAGUGAAGGAGAUGAAAAUGUCCCUUCCAUUCUUAACUGCAUUAGAAACAGCCAAAAUGAAUGCCCAGAAAACCCUACCCUGGUGGCUACCUGGAAAGGCUUUCCUCAGCACAGAUCUCAUUCUUGCUGCCACACUCUGAAGAAAAAGAAUGCCUUUCCAUCUCGCUCUGGGACAAAGUGUGCUUGAUUGUUCUAAUGGUGUCUGUGUGUGUGUGUGUGUGUGUGUGU